AAUGACGUUGUCAUGUCAUUGCGUGAUAACGUAAAACUGCGUCAUUACGUUGGCUACACAAUAACCUUACUCAAAUUGACUGGCCAUCUCGGCAAAAAAAUAUGAUUUGACAUUUGUUCAGGUACAGACUCCCACUCUUUUCUGUACAUGUUUCAUUGAAGCAUGUUGAUCGAUGUUUUAAGUUCUGUUCAAGAUCAAACAUUCGUGACCAACUAUAUUCAUUUGGUUUGGCUCGUCGAACCCGUACUGCUGCUGCUGCAGUCAGCCAACAAUUUGUCAUUUGCUGAAAUUGCUACUGGCUGUGCACGAGCCGAGCGCCUGCUGCCGACGUCCCUCACAAUUGUUUUAAUUUAUUUUUUAUUUCACCUUUAUUUAACCAGGUAGGCUAGUUGAGAACAAGUUCUCAUUUGCAACUGCGACCUGGCCAAGAUAAAGCAUAACAGUGUGAACAGACAACACAGAGUUACACAUGGAGUAAACAAUUAACAAGUCAAUAACACAGUAGAAAAAAAAGGGGAGUCUAUAUACAUUGUGUGCAAAAGGCAUGAGGAGGUAGGCGAAUAAUUACAAUUUUGUAGAUUAACACUGGAGUGCUAAAUGAUCAGAUGGUCAUGUACAGGUAGAGAUAUUGGUGUGCAAAAGAGCAGAAAAGUACAUAAAUAAAAACAGUAUGGGGAUGAGGUAGGUGAAAAUGGGUGGGCUAUUUACCAAUAGACUGUACAGCUGCAGCGAUCGGUUAGCUGCUCAGAUAGCAGAUGUUUGAAGUUGGUGAGGGAGAUAAAAGUCUCCAACUUCAGCGAUUUUUGCAAUUCGUUCCAGUCACAGGCAGCAGAGUACUGGAACGAAAGGCGGCCAAAUGAGGUGUUGGCUUUAGGGAUGAUCAGUGAGAUACACCUGCUGGAGCGCGUGCUACGGAUGGGUGUUGCCAUCCUGACCAGUGAACUGAGAUAAGGCGGAGCUUUACCUAGCAUGGACUUGUAGAUGACCUGGAGCCAGUGGGUCUGGCGACGAAUAUGUAGCGAGGGCCGGCCGACUAGAGCAUACAAGUCGCAGUGGUGGGUGGUAUAAGGUGCUUUAGUGACAAAACGGAUGGCACUGUGAUAAACUGCAUCCAGUUUGCUGAGUAGAGUGUUGGAAGCAAUUUUGUAGAUGACAUCGCCAAAGUCGAGGAUCGGUAGGAUAGUCAGUUUUACUAGGGUAAGUUUGGCGGCGUGAGUGAGGAGUACAAUGCACUUUUGCAGCCAGGCAAGUGUGUUGUGACUGAGUGUGUGACAGAGAAAAUCGUUUUUGUUUCAUUUAGAGGGAAAAUGCGUGCAUUUUAGUGUUUGAGUCACUUUUCAAAAGUUGCUAAAAGUUCCAAAUGAUUUUUUAUUUUUUUUGUUGCUAGGUGCUGUUUGAAAAAAAAAAUUGCCCGGGUAGUUUGAAAAGUUGCUAAAUUGGUAUCACUGGUCCCACCCCGUCCCAAAGCACUCACAAGUGGCCCAGUCCUCGCGCAGCAGUCCCGCCCAGCUGCAGUCAGAGCAGGAGAUGUUCACCCCUCCUCCAGACUGCAAAUGAAUCGUGCAUGCGGGCAGCCGCUGCUGGCUGAUCCCGCCCUGGCUUACAUUUUUUUUUAAACACUUAUUAACUUGAAUUAGGGCCAGACUAGUUACCAUAAUUUUCUCACAUUGCCAUUGGCAGUUUUUGCUAUUGUCUCUUUUUGGUCCAUUUAGAUUGUUAAUGUAGAUUGUAUGCAAAAAAAUGUUAUGGCUAAAAAUGUUCUCAUUUUACUGUGACUUGUGUGUUGACUGAGUGUGUGACAUGACUACCCAUGUAAGAGACGCAAACUCGGUCUCAACCUUUAAGUCUUUACUGAAGACUCAUCUCUUCAGUGGGUCAUAUGAUUGAGUGUAGUCUGGCCCAGGAGUGGGAAGGUGAACGGAAAGGCUCUGGAGCAACUAACCGCCCUUGCUGUCUCUGCCUGGCCGGUUCCCCUCUUUCCACUGGGAUUCUCUGCCUCUAACCCUAUUACAGGGGCUGAGUCACUGGCUUACUGGGGCUCUUUCAUACCGUCCCUAGGAGGGGUGCGUCACUUGAGUGGGUUGAGUCACUGAUGUGAUCUUCCUGUCUGGGUUGGCGCCCCCCCCCCCCUUGGGGUGUGCUGUGGCGGAGAUCUUUGUGGGCUAUACUCGGCCUUGUCUCAGGAUGGUAAGUUGGUGGUUGAAGAUAUCCCUCUAGUGGUGUGGGGGCUGUGCUUUGGCAACGUGGGUGGGGUUAUAUCCUUCCUGUUUGGCCCUGUCCGGGGGUGUCAAACAUUCAUCCUCGGAUGGGGUCACAGUGUCUCCUGACCCCUCCUGUCUCAGCCUCCAGUAUUUAUGCUGCAGUAGUUUAUGUGUCGGGGGGCUAGGGUCAGUUUGUUAUAUCUGGAGUACUUCUCCUGUCCUAUUCGGUGUCCUGUGUGAAUUUAAGUGUCCUCUCUCUAAUUCUCUCUUUCUCUCUCUUUCUUUCUCUCUCUCGGAGGACCUGAGCCCUAGGACCAUGCCUCAGGACUACCUGACAUGAUGACUCCUUGCUGUCCCCAGUCCACCUGGCCAUGCUGCUGCUCCAGUUUCAACUGUUCUGCCUUAUUAUUAUUUGACCAUGUUGGUCAUUUAUGAACAUUUGAACAUCUUGGCCAUGUUCUGUUAUAAUCUCCACCCGGCACAGCCAGAAGAGCACUGGCCACCCCACAUAGCCUGGUUCCUCUCUAGGUUUCUUCCUAGGUUUUGGCCUUUCUAGGGAGUUUUUCCUAGCCACCGUGCUUCUACACCUGCAUUGCUUGCUGUUUGGGGUUUUAGGCUGGGUUUCUGUACAGCACUUUGAGAUAUCAGCUGAUGUACGAAGGGCUAUAUAAAUACAUUUGAUUUGAUUUGUACAGUCGUGGCCAAAAGUUGAGAAUGACACAAAUAUUAAUUUUCACAAAGUUUGCUGCUUCACUGUCUUUAGAUAUUUUUGUCAGAUGUUACUAUGGAAUACUGAAGAUGUUACUAUAAAUACAAGCAUUUCAUAAGUGUCAUAGGCCUUUAUUGAAAAUUACAUGAAGUUGAUGCAAAGAGUCAAUAUUUGCACUGUUUACCCUUCUUUUUCAAGACCUCUGCAAUCCGCCCUGGCAUGCUGUCAAAUAACUUCUGGGCCACAUCCUGACUGAUGGACUUUCUUGGGUGCCCUGAAGCCUUCUUCACAACAAUUGAACCGCUCUCCUUGAAGUUCUUGAUGAUCCGAUAAAUGGUUGAUUUAGGUGCAAUCUUACUGGCAGCAAUAUCCUUGCCUGUGAAGCCCUUUUUGUGCAAAGCAAUGAUGACGGCACGUGUUUCCUUCCAGGUAACCAUGGUUGACAGGAAGAACAAUGAUUCCAAGCACCACCCUCCUUUUGAAGCUUCCAGUCUGUUAUUCAAACUCAAUCAGCAUGACAGAGUGAUCUCCAGCCUUGUCCUUGUCAACACUCACACCUGUGUUAAUGAGAGAAUCACUGACAUGAUGUCAGCUGGUCCUUUUGUGGCAGGGCUGAAAUGCAGUGGAAAUGUUUUUUGGGGAUUCAGUUCAUUUGCAUGGCAAAGAGGGACUUCGCAAUUAAUUACAAUUCAUCUGAUCACUCUUCAUAACAUUCUGGAGUAUAUGCAAAUUGCCAUCAUACAAACUGAGGCAGCAGACUUUGUGAAAAUUAAUAUUUGUGUCAUUCUCAAAACUUUUGGCCACGUCUGUAGGCUCCUAAGUGGACCAUAAGGUUAAAAACCAAACCAAAUCAAGAAAACUAAACUAAAUAACAAAAAAAUGUAAUUCAAUUAAAAAUAAUAAUAAUAAUAAUAAGUAACUCCGCCAGAGGGUCACUUUUGCUGGUCCCAAGCCCGGAUAAGAGAGGAGGGUUGGAAUUGUGACAUAAAAAAAAACAAGAAUCGACAGAAGAAAGUUCAUUUGUAGUUCUAAACAUAUUUAGGGUGUUUUUUACUCACUUUUUGUCUCUCCCACGACGUUAUUCCUCUCUCCUACAGCGUCCAUCACAAUUCCGCGCUCCUACAGCGUCCAUCACAAUUCCGCUCUCCUACAGCGUCCACAAUUACAUGCACAUGGCACACGACUUUUGGGACAGCUAAUAGCUACUUUCCUUACUGAGGAGUUGGCAACACUGUCCUCCGCUGCCUAACAAAGUCUAAACAAAUGCAAGUUGAAGCUGCUAUUUUACCCGUUGCAUUGAAUGUCUAAAAUCACGUAAAACAAAAAGCAUACAUAGACCUACUACUGUUGGUCUACCAACCCAGCCCAGGCAAGCAUUAGGGAUUUUUUUUCUCCCCAACGUUUUGAGGGACAUUGCCCACAUUUCUGUGGAUAAGGCCUAGGACUAGAGAACUAGUGCACGCAGUUAGAUAUUUCGAACUGAAAGUUAUCGUUGACUGUCUUUCUAACACUGUAACAACAUACCUUACUAACCUAAUAUGUUUGGGUCAUGGGUGCCAAGGGAUGGUGGUCCAACAGACGUUUUCAUAAUAUUGUCUUUUUUUGGCAAUACAAUUGAGCCCAGCAGGUCAGUGACAUAAGCCUAGUUUAUGAUUUAACGUUUUCCAUAGCGGGCUUUAAACCCCAUCCUCUGGUGUAGGAUAGAUGUGGUUGUCCCUGGAAGCUGAUCUGAGGCCAGUUUGAAGUUAGAACGAGCGGUUUAAAGUUCAAAUGAGAGGUUUGGUCAUCUGAUCCUACAUCAGCAGAAUCCACCCCGGGCGCCGUUGGAUACCCAUAUCGCAUAUCGCAGGCUGUUGCGUUUUCUCGUUGGGAGUAGCUCUACGCGUAACAUUAUCCAUUCUCCCCAAUCCCCCAGUCUCAGCGGUAUGAUGGAUAAAGCCUCUCCGACCACAGACAAUCUCUGCCCGUAUCAAUGCCUCUGUGUCCCUACCGACACCAUCUGGGAGAUGCCAUGAGAUGUCAGCUGAGUUAUUUCUCACGCCGUCUCAGUACAGGUGAGAGUGUGGAAACAAGGGACAACGGAAAAGAAGGAUAACAUGAGAGUUCGGUUAUAGCGCGAAUUGACUACAAGCUGCUGGAGCGAACAGGGCAAAGGAUUUGUGCUGUCGAAGUAAAGCAUCGGGCAACGGUGUAAUACAGUAUUCUAGUUAGUGCACCAUUGACAAUCACACCGAAAGUGUUUUAGGGAAUAUCCCAAUCACAGGUUUGUGAAAUACCAGGAUACGGGCUUAUCUGACAGGUACGUUUUUUAAAAUACAAUAAUUGGUCCUGUGUUUCCCACUAUUAAUAUCACUAUUACUAGUUGCUAUUGACGCCUUUCCUAUAAUGUCACUGUAGCCGAUGUUAUGUUUAAGAAUACCCUGGCAUUGCUGACCCCACUCCCUCAGUCAUGUCCUUAGAUGAGUGCCAGAAGGGUUAUCAGUUUAAAGGUAGUGUAGAUCCAUUUCCAGGAAACUAUUACAUCUACAUAAUGGCAUUGUGUGUGGGGUACAAUUCAUGUUAUAGGAAGGGAAGAACUGCACAGAAACACUGUUUUGAAUGCGUCCUUAAUUCAAAGGCAAAGUUGCAAGACUGUUGAAGACCAGUAGUGUUCCAGUAUGUCUGUGCUCAUGUCUCAACCGUUCUGACAAUGUUCACAUUGACCUGUGCUGUGCUGAUGAUGUCAUGUCUCUCUUCCCAGGGGACUGUGAGGUGCCGUCCACUCCUGACCUACAGGAUGCCAUCCUCCUGGUGCUGAUUUACACAGGUAUAGAACCCAUUGCUGAAUGGUUUGAUGGAGAGUUGUAACCAGUUUAAUGUCAGCAGGAACAGUUGUAAUAAGUGGAGGACUUCUCGCCACAGUCAUCCUGCUCUGCAUUGUAGCAGUGCUGUGCUACUGCAGGCUCCAGUACUACUGCUGUAAGAAAAAUGAGUCGGAGGUGGACUUUGCUUCCAUGGCUGGAGGAGGUGACAGAACGGGAGGAGGAGAAGGGGAUGCUCAAGGGGAGGUUCAGGCUCACUUUGCCUGCAAUGCCUGCAGCGCCCCUGGGAUGGACAGCCUGGCUGUCACCCCUCUCUGCCUGGAGCCUCUGGAGGUGGGCCCUCCCCCCAACUACUGCCCCACCUGCUCCCCCUUCUGGCUACGCCCGGGACUUAGUGACGAGCUGCACAACGGAACCGAGCGGCUGGGAUUCCAUACGUAUCACUAUGACAACCCCGGACUGUGUCAAUCACUGCCCCCGUCAGACACGCCGCAGGCGCCCUUCUUUUUGACCCAGCCCGGCCAAUCCCCUUUGAGCUACUAUAGCCCCGUUGACACCUACCCUAACACACCCUGCAGUAACAGACGCCCCUACAGCACACCGGUUUGACACACAUGGACACAUACACACACACACUGACGUCACACACGCACUCAUACAAACACUCCUUCUCCCAGGGGAAAGAGACCCAGAGACAUCUAGAGUAUCACCCAUCCAGGGGAGAGAGCCACACACUGAACCCACAGACGGAGCCUCCUGAUCAGGACAGAACUACACACGGACCCUUGUCUGGUGCAGCGGUGUGGAGGUCUGGUCGUCUGGUAGCCCAUACAGUGGAGGAGAUGUUGGGUUUGACUAUGGGAGAUUACUACAGAUGAUGGGAGAAGAUAGACGAGAGCAGCAACACACUGUUGUUUCUCUCUCUUUCUCUCGAUCUGUCUUUCUCUCCCUCCUUUUCCAUCAUCUCUCUCCUCUGCCUGAAACCUGAUAAUGUGAACGAGGUGACUGACAUGAGGGCUAUAUGUGUUUUCAUUGUAAGUUUGUAAGAUUUUUUAAAGGAGCAGUAUGUCCCUGGUUGACCCUUAGAAUUGUUUUGUUUGUUGCAGUUUUACAUGUGAUUUAAAAAAUAUAUAUAUUGUAAGGGGAUAUCCGGAUGCAUUAUAUAUAAUCCUGGCUAAAACAAUACAAACACACAAACAUUUUAGCCAACGAGGGCAUCUGUUUGUCUAAUUCUAUGAUGUUUCACUUAGCCCUUACCCUUCAGUCCUUCAAAACAGAGAUUCUGUACACUUACUAAAAGAUGUUCAUCAUGACACUGUUGAUAAUAUAGACUAGUAUUGAUAAAAGAGAUUUGACUGUUUUCACACAAUGCACUCACAGGGUGCGUCCCAAAUGGCAUUGUAUUCCCUAUAUAGUACACUACUUUUGACCAGGACCCAUAUGGGUCUGGUCAAAAGUAGUGCACUAUCUAGGGAACAGGAUGCCAUUUUCGACAAAGCCAUAGUCUUCACAUCUUAGUCUUCCUCACUUCUCGUCCUUUUGUGAUUCUUUGUUAGAGAGUUGAUGGGAAAAUGGACAUCUGUCUGUUCACGUGUUGAUUUACUGGAAAAAAACACUCAAAGUUUGUGUUCACUGCUAUGUAGUCACACACUCACACAAAGACACUGCUUGCUGCCUGUAGUCUGCCAAUGAAGGUAACUUUAAUAUUGAAUUCACUAAUUCUAUAAUAUAUUAAUUUGUUCUAUUAAAGGUGGAAUCUGAAAAAUGACAUCAUCAUACACAGCAGGGCAACUUCCUGCCUACAGACAAUUUGCACUGUUCAUUGACACAUGCCCAUAUUGGGAAGAGCCAGUGACAGAUUAUAAUUUAGUUGUUGAUGAUGUCUCUAAACAGGAAGUUGACCCGAGGUGUACGAUGAUGUCAUGUAGCUGAGUCUCCCUUUAAAAUGAACUCUCUGAAGAUGAAUUCCACGUUUAACACACAAUGUUCCUUUUUGAAGAUAAAUGAAUAUGUAUAUCUGCCUGAA